CGCUAGCUGGUUAUAAGUGAACUAGAGGCUGCAGGGAUCACUAGUUUUUGCUGGCGUUUUUCACCAGCGCUGGAGACUGAAGCUUCUCCCGGUGCCGACGUUUUAGCUUUUAUGCAGGGAUAAAGAUUAAUGACGUGCUCGUAGGAGUGUGCUCAGCUCACCACAGCCUCAGCUGAAGAACAAGGCCUUUACUGUCAGGUUUCAUAUCCAGGAUGACAGGUAGGAAAAGCAUUCAAAACUAAUAGACGACAGUGAUGGAGCUAAUUAUCUUUAUGUACCUGACAUUAUGGCAGAACACUAUAGGAUGGAGUAGAGCUUUGAGUUGUUAGGAUGAACUAGCAGCUCCAUUAACAGUAAAGUAGUAAAUUUAGUCUCUCCAAAGCGCUUCAUUGUGUUUUUUCUCAAGCUCUGCCAAUGUAAACGAUGGGGGACUGGAACUUCCUCGGGGGGAUCUUGGAGGAGGUGCACAUCCACUCCACUAUGGUGGGGAAGAUCUGGCUCACCAUCCUGUUCAUCUUCCGCAUGCUGGUGCUGGGCGUCGCCGCCGAGGACGUGUGGAACGACGAGCAGUCGGACUUCAUCUGCAACACGGACCAGCCGGGCUGCCGCAACGUGUGCUACGACCAGGCCUUCCCCAUCUCCCUCAUCCGCUACUGGGUGCUGCAGGUGAUCUUCGUGUCCUCGCCCUCGCUGGUCUACAUGGGCCACGCCAUCUACCAGCUGCGUGCCCUGGAGAAGGAGCGCCACUGCAAGAAGGCGGCCCUGCGCCGGGAGCUGGAGGCCGUGGCCGCCGAGCUGGUGAAGGUGCGGAAGCAGAUCGAGAAGGAGAUGAGGCAGCUGGAGCAGGGCAAGCUCAACAAGGCGCCUCUGAGGGGCUCCCUGCUGUGCACCUACGUGGCCCACGUAGUCACGCGCUCCGUGGUGGAGGUCAGCUUCAUGACCGUGCAGUACAUCCUCUACGGACACCGCCUGAGCCCCAUCUACAAGUGCGAGCGCGAGCCGUGCCCCAACGUGGUGGACUGCUUCGUGUCGCGGCCCACGGAGAAGUCCGUCUUCAUGAUGUUCAUGCAGCUCAUCGCCUGCAUCUCCCUCUUCCUCAGUCUCCUCGAGAUCAUCCACCUGGGGUACAAGAAGAUCAAGAGGGUCAUCCUGGGCUACUACCCGCAUCUGAAGGACGAUCUGGACGACUAUUACGUCAACAAGUCAAAGAAGAACUCGGUGGUGCAUCAGGUCUGCGUCGGCACCUCCGUGGGCCGUAAGAACACCCUCCCCACGGCGCCCAGCGGGUACACGCUGCUGUUGGAGAAGCAGGGGAACGGACCCAACUACCCUCUGCUCAGCGCCUCCUCCGCCUUCAUACCGAUACAAGAGGGUCCCGGUGCAGAGCCAGACGCCCACGCGUCUGGAGGCGAGGAGCGCGCGCCCAGUCCCACGGAGCAGAACAGCAACUCCAACAACACCAGCAGCGAGACGCGCUCGCCUCCCGUGGACAAGCAGGACGACCCGGAGCAGUCCUCGUCCCAGCACGAGGACCUGGAGUGCGGCGCCUCCGAGUUCCGCACGCCGCGCGCGGCCGACGCCUCCUCGGGCGCCGCGCUGUCGGGCAGGAAGUCUCGCCGGGUCAGUCCGCCGUGGCACUGCUCCACGGUGAUGGAGGGCAACGCCUCCGACAGCGGGGACUCGUUCCACGGCCGCAGCGGCGGCAUGAAGCUCCGCAGCAGCUGCGCGGGCCCCAGAGCCAGGAUGCUGUCCAAGUCGGACACCAAGCGGUCCAGCCGCUCCCAGAGCCCCGACUCCGCGGGGGAGCUCAGCUCCGUGUCCCGGCACAGCCGUGAGAGCAACAGCCCCACGACGUCGUCCCCCAACCGCAGGGCGUCGGCGGCGAGCAGCGGCAGCAGCAGGCGAGCGCCCACGGACCUGCAGAUAUGAACCCGCACCGUGGGCCGGAGACACGGGGAGACUCGCGUUGAGCGGUGACGUCACUGGAUUUUUGUGCGUCUGAAUAAUCGCUGAACGCCUUUGUCACUUUUAAGGGUUAUGUCCACCUUUUACUACAGUAUUUAGUUUCUGGACCGUUGCUGGCGUCCAGAGAGGACUUCAGCUCUGAACGAUGGAGCUGAACCACAAAUCCAUAAUGUUUUAGGCCAUAACAUGCUGUUACGCAACUGGACACUGCUAAAUCAGUAGCACUGAAUCGAUCCCAUUCGUGCACCAACAUGUGUGAGAGGACAUUACGGGGACAGUUCAGAAAAUGACUGUGUAGCGAUAACACAACAUGUGCGUUUGAUUGGAGUGCAACAUGAAGAAAAGCGUGAAUCUGGCACUUGACCAGCAAAUGUCUUUAUUACUUUUGUAUGAGAAAUAUUUUUACUUGAUGCCAAGUUGUGCAGUUGAUUUAUUAAAAAGUCUUGGAAAGUGUG